UGCGGAAGUAACAAACAUCAACAACGACUUUCUUUUCUCAGCUACCUGCAUUACCGAAUCCAAAAUAAUAGAAACAAGACAAAUACCUAUUGCCAGGUUAUCGACUCAGACAAACACAGUAGUUUUUAACCUGAACUGAAAUCUGAAAGUGUCAAAAUUCAAAUAAACAGAAUGAUCUGAUCACACUGUUACUGGUAGCUUUAAAGUUUAAGUAAUCGCAUGUUUAGAUAUGUUAUGACUGGGAUUUGUAUUCUGAAGAGCUUUUCAAAAUGACAUAUUUAUCGUGGUAUUGUGUGUUGCUGGCUUCGAUGAUUACAGGACUUGGAGUAGUUAGAUGUCUAGACCUUCACAAAUUUACCUCUACAAAGCCAUUAACAAGACUUUCAUUUGAUCCAAAUGCAGGUAAACUCUUUGUUGGGGGUGAAAAUAUUAUUUAUCAGUUAGAUGAAAACUUGAGUCAAAAAGACAAAGCAAAGGAGACUAAAGUGAUUGGUCCUCGGUUUCAUUCUGAUAAAUGCUUUCCUGAUCCAGUGAGCUGUCCUGGAAAUAGAGCAUACAAAGCAAAUAUUGUGAAGAUAUUAAUUGUUAACAGUGUUCACAAGUAUGCAUUAGCAUGUGGCUCAAUACAACAAGGAGUCUGUAUGGUAUAUCCGUACAAUGACGUGGAAAAUCCUUUAGAAUUUGAUGAUGUAACGGAUCACGCUACUUAUCUUGGUAGCGAAGCAUCUUCCUUUGCAUUUUUUGGAACCCCACCAACUUAUAUUAAUUCUUCAAACAGACUAGUUUAUGCUGCUAUUGCUACAAAUGAUCGUAUUGAUGCGCGCUUUUCGCCAAAGACAAUCUCAACAAGGGAAGUGAUUUAUAACAGUACACAUCGGCAAAUGCAGUACUUUUAUGAUAAUGUUAAUCUCAAUGAACACAGUUAUAUCAAUGUAUUUCCCUCGAGCCAAUCAAGAUUCCGAGCAAAGUACAUAUACGGAUUUGAAAAUGGGGGAUAUGGCUAUUUUGUAUCCAUUCAACCAAUAGACCCUGAUCUUUCCAAAACAACUUACCACACUAAAUUAGUACAGUUCUGUCUGGAUGACAAUCAGUACAAAACCUACAUUGAAACAACCUUAAAAUGUGGAGACAGUCAAGAUUACACCAUUGCCACAGCAGCCUUUGCUGAAAAAAGUGAAACUGACAGCACCUUAGCCAUCAGUUUUGUGCGACCUUUACGGUCGGGAUCUCUUGACAUAGAUCCAGCAUUUGGGACAAGAAUAUGUAAUUUUUCCAUGAAGGAAGUGAGGUCCCACUUUGUUGAGUUGAGGGAGAUGUGCUCCGAGGGUGUGGCCGGGUUUUACCCCUGGUGGAUUCAAGGCUCAAUACAGAGCUGUCAGGCACAGCUUGGUGGACCAUUCACAGACACAUCGUACUGUGCAUAUGACAAACGCCAAACAAAGGCUGUGGCUGGGGACCCGAAAGCUGAAAACUCAGUGCUGUCAGCCACGGCGGACAUCUGUGUGGAUGAGGUUGUUACUUCGCUUAUCCUCACAGUGCAGCUGAACCAUCCUAUAGCAGUGCUAGGGACAUCCGACGGACACAUGAUGAAGGUAAAUCAGAAGUCCAGCAUGAAAGGUGGCUCAUGUAUAAACAACUCUGCCUACAUGAAGUACAAGAUUGGCAAUGAGUCCAUACUGCAGGAUAUGGCCCUCAGCUCGGACCUGGAGUUUGCGUUUGUCCUAACAAAUACAUCAGUGGUAAAGUUUCCACUGCAGUCGUGUGCAGUGUACAGUGAGUGUUCCUCAUGCGUUAAAUCCAAGGAUCCUAUUGGCUGUGGAUGGUGCAAGGACAAGUGCACUAGGAAGGAUAACUGCACCACUGAUAACUGGUCACACAACACAUGCCAGCCAUACAUAUCCUGGGUGAGCCCAAACUCAGGCCCUAUCCAGGGUGGCACUCUCAUCACUAUAACUGGUAACAAUUUUGGGCUCCUCACACCCAAGGUCACCAUCGGGGAUGAGACCCGGAUAUGUCAGGUUGAUACACAGAACAACAAAAACACCAACUUGAAGUGCACAUCACCGCAGACAGAAGUGGAAGUGAGUUAUCCCAUCACCAUCACUGUAAAUGAUACACAAUCCCUCCCAUACAUCGUCCAGGGAACCGCUUCAUCGGAGGAACCAUUUGAGUACAAGACUCCGAGUGUUGCCAGUGUGUUCCCACUGAUGGGUCCUGUGUCAGGGGGGACAAAUGUUGUAAUCAGGGGGAACAACUUCCACAUUGGGGAUAAGCAGGAAGUUUCCAUAGGAAUCACAUCUUGUGAUGUCAUCAGCCUGAAUAGGACUGUGAUAGUGUGCCAAACUCGGCCAGCCCCUACUUUACUGGACUCCACCAGGAGACAGAGGCGGGCGGUACGGAAGAGUUUUGUGAUUGUCACAAUAGAUGGGGCCAUCCUCAACAGCCCUGAGCCCUUUGAGUACCGGGCUGACUCCACAGUAACUAAGGUCUCUCCUCCAUUCUCCAUACAGAAUGGGGGAACUAAGCUUUUUAUAGAGGGUACCAAUCUGCAUAUUGUCCAGAAUCCAAGGAUUGGGGUCAUCACACCAAAUGGCAAAGCAGCUUAUGAUGAUUGUAAGGCGGAUGUGAAGUAUGGGGGAAUGAACAUGACAUGCAGCACUCCGAACAUCAUGCCUCUUAUGUCAUCCCUGGACCAGAGUAGUGUACACGAUGUAGGAAUGUUUCUGCUUAUGGACGGGAUUGAGGAACUAAAAACAACCAAGUACAGGUUAAUCUACAACCCCAACCCAGAAGUGUCCAAGUUUGAGAACAAGGAUCACGUGGUAGAGUUUGACACAACUGAUAGUCUGCUCACUAUUACGGGUAAGAACCUUCCGCGAGGUGUGACCAUGGAUGACUACAAGGUGUACAUUGGAGGUGAAUUGUGCAACAUGACCUUGCUUCGCAGUGCCUACCUUCAGUGUAAGCCUCAGAAGCCAGCCUCUCUUGAGGGCAAGGGACCUAAACUGCCUGUGAUGGUUCACAUUGGAAAGUACCUUAAGUUCUCGCCGGGUGAGCUGAUCUUUGUGGCGCCGGAGGUGAUCCAGGGGGCUCUGAACAUAGGAAUCAUCAUCCUUAUUGUACUUCUCAUCCUCAUUAUCAUUGCCAGCAUUGUGGUAGUGGUGAUAAUGAAGAAGCGUCAUCUGUGCUGUUGGAAAGACAAGAACGCACGGGCGAUCCACUACCUUGGAGGGAAUGACCCAAGACUGGACGCGGAGGGACAGCUGCUCAUGGACCAAAACAGGCGCAAUGACUAUGAGGAGCAAGGUCGUGGGGCGGAAACAGCUGGGGCUUCUGCCUACAGCACAGGCAUUGAUGAGGAGACCAGAAUACUGCUGCAGGAUCAGCAUCUGCUCAUAGAGAGACAGUACCUGCAGAUGGGGGAAAUUCUGGGUGCAGGUCACUUUGGAAGUGUGUUCAAGGCGUAUCUUACCAUACCUGAUGAGAAAGGGGACAAUUUGGUGGCUGUGAAAACACUACACCAGAACAGCCCCCGUGAGAUUGACGUGCAGGCCUUUCUGAAGGAAGCCAUUAUUAUGAAGGACUUUAACCACCCCAAUGUUCUCAACCUUAUUGGUAUAUGUCUUGGGAUGGAUGACAUGCCACUGGUAGUAUUGCCCUACAUGAAACAUGGCGACCUUCUCUCUUACAUCAGGAAUGACAGCAAUAACCCUACAAUUAAGGACCUGAUCACCUUUGGCAUAGACAUAACAGAGGGAAUGACAUACUUAGCCGGGCUGAAGUUUGUCCACAGGGACCUUGCCUGCAGAAACUGCAUGUUGGAUGAAGACUUCCAUGUAAAGGUGGCAGACUUUGGCCUGUCCAGGGACAUUUACGAGAAGGAUUACUACGCCAGUGAGAACAAGAAAACCAUGCUUCCUGUGAAGUGGAUGGCCCUGGAGUGUCUAGAGAAGGGGAAAUACUCCUCCAAGUCUGAUGUGUGGUCGUUCGGUAUCGUGUUGUGGGAGCUGAUGACCCGAGGGGUGAACCCGUAUCCAGAGGUCGAUAACUGGGAUAUUGUUCGCUACCUGAAACAUGGCCGCCGCAUGCCACAGCCACAAUACUGUCCUGAUGAACUGUACAACAUAAUGCGGAAGUGUUGGCAUCCGGACCCUCGAAAGCGCCCAGAGUUUAGCCAGCUGUCCUACGAGAUUAGUGAAAUGAUCAACAUGCUAGAACAGGCCAUGAAGCAGGGCGAGCACACUGCUGAUAUACAGACGACCUAUGUCAACCUUGAGAACUGUACAGAUUACCACUACACAGAUGAGCUGAUGCCUCCAGGUUCACCAACCUCCGACAAGACAGACUCCCCCCCGACCUCACCCAAGUCCCCUGUCCCCUCUACACAACCACAGGCAGCUACUGGAACAUCAGCAGACCUUCCUCAGAAAUCCAACAGCUCUCCAGCACAAAAGCACAAACCAAAACCAGUUCCUUUACCUAAACCAAAACUACCAGGUCAAGCACCAGAUUCAAAGGAAGCAAAGGAAACAAAUGAACCCAAAGAUAUGAAUGGAGCAGCAGGAAAAGCUGGACAGGGGGACAUGGAGAAGGAAACUGAGAGUUCUCCAAUGAUUCAGGACAAGGGUAGUGUAGGAAAAGGUGAAUCUGUAGCAUAACAAUAGGGACCCUCAUCAACAAAUACUUUCAUGCAAUUUAUUUGCAUUUUUGAACAUGAAUAUUGCUUACUAGCUGAUAUAAUGUCUCCUUGGUUUUAUUGUUUUAGUUACGCUUUUACACUUUUUGCCAAGAUGUUAUGACUUUGAGUAAACACGCAUGAUGUUUACUAAUAGAAGAUCUCGGAACCUUUUUGAGAUUUUUUGAAAUACCUUCCAGAAUUGUUGAGAAAUCAGAUUGACUAUAAACUAAAGCUCUUUUUCUGUAUGACACAUCCAAAAAAUGGCUGAAAAUGAAUAACAUUUAUUUGAUUUCCAUGAUUCCAAAUUAGGUAAACAAAAAGGAUUCAACUGAAGUUUGACAGUACAAGUUCUUAGAAUUUGUUUUCAAAUGACUUCAUAAUAGUUCUUUACGGUAUUUUUUUCUACAUACAUAAUAUUUAUGGGUUUUUUUCAAACCAUUGUUAGCAAAUUUGAAGCCCUUUAUUGUAUUAAAACUUAAGUAUUAUAGUUUAGAAGAACAUAUGCUGUCUUUUUAAUCAUGUCGUAAAUACGAUGUUUGGCAACACAUGAUGUACCUUUCCUUUGAAAGUUUGAGAUGUACACAGCCACAAAUUUACAUAAGUAGUGAGUGCUUCCUUCUUUAUUCCAAAAAAUGACAAGACUAUUGCUCAAAUGUAUAUUGUAUCAUGAAAUAGUUGUUGAAUGAUGAUGGGAAGUUCUUCUACUGCCAUUUAGUUGCCAUUUUUAUUAUCAUUUUUCAAUAAAGUAUAUCACUAUAUGGGACAUCUUCGGCUGAUCCACAAAUGCAAUUAUUCAGUGACUGUCAGUUUUCUUCGAUUAAGAAAGAUAAGUUUGAAAUUUAGUGUUGAAAUAUUACAUUUUUGUAGACUAUAUUGUAGAGUUGUCAUUUUAUUUGAAAUGUUACAACACUAAAACAUUUAUUGCCAUUGUUUGGCAAUAAUUCUUCAAUGUAAGCUGUCAUUAUUAUUAUUAUUAUUAUUUACUUUCCAUGUUACUUGUUGAUUAUGACCAUAUUGUUUUUACAAAUAAAUUUUCAGUAUGUCUUUAAUUUUGUAUUUGACUGACAGAAGGUUCUAAAGCUCUUAAGUAAUGGCAUGAUAAAAUACCUCUGAAAUGAAUGUUUAUAAAUAUAAUGGCUGUAAAUAGAUUCACUAGUGUAGUUCAUAUACCUCUAGUCAUAGUGGACUAUAUAAUUGUCGUAAAUCGGUCUUUCCUUUCCUAUAGAUAUUUAAAAUGGCAGUGAAAGAGUAGCCAAUUGUAUAAACCUGGUUGAUUCUGUAGUUUUAAUAGUAACCUAAAUGUUUAUUUAUUGGUCGAUAUUUAUCCAAGAAUUUCUUUUAUCCAAUCAAAUCACUUAAACAUGCAAACUAACUAAAGGAUAGCAUGUGGACAACAUAUCAAGGUUAUAUACAAUUGGCUGAAUAUAGAUAUGAACUUGAUAGAUAAAAAAAUACUAAGAAACUGUAACAAUCUUUUCUUCUUUAUGUACUUGAUUAAAUGUAAUCAAAUAUUAAUCAUAUUCUUUUACUAACUUUUUAAGUGGUAUAUAAUAUUCAUAUAUUAUUCAAUUUUUACUAUUUACAAUUAAUAUUAUAAUAUGUUCUUAGAGUCAUAAAAAAAAUUGUUUCACAGCAAAUUUAAAAUUCAAUGAACAAAACAGAUAUUUUGAAGUGCCUUACUCUUGCAGUAUAUAAUUAUACUUAAAAGGUGUAGAAUUAAGAAAAUAUACAGAUUAUAUUCAGAAUAAAUAAUGCAUGCAAGGAGAAAUGACAUGACCUCUUGCUGUGAUUUGACCUAGUUGGGUGCAGAGUGCCAUAAGUGCUGACUGUUGUAAGGACACAUACAAUGUACAUGUAUUAUGAUGUAUAUCAAGAAUUAGUCGAGAUGGUUGUAUAACUUCUCGGUAAUGUUGAUUGUUAUACUUUUAUAUUUUAUAUAUUUCAUUCAAUACAUUCCUGUUAUUCUAUUCUUAUACUUUAUUGAAAGUUUAUUGUUGACGUUUUUCUACCUAUUGGAAUAUAUUAGAAUUGUAUAAUGAUGUAGAAUUAUUUUUGUCUGAAGUAGUUGUUGUAAAAGUCUUAGAUGUUUAUGAAUUGUUACAUACGUAUGUCUACUGUAAACAAUGGAACCAUCAUAUCAAUGCAAGCAUUAUAUGACCAAUUUUUGAAUGAAUAUUUCCAAGUUGUAAUUACAGUUAUUUUGAAACUGUCAGUGGAAUAGUUCAGUUCAUACAAAGUUUAUUGGAUUUUGCAGGUAAAAUUUUCAAUUUGAUUUGUAAACUCAAAAAUAUCUAACUGAAAUUCUUGAUCUGAUGCCAUUUUGUUGUACACUCAUUGACAUGAAGACCUCCAUAUUCUGUCUGUAGGCAUGCUAGUAUUUGUUGUUCUAUGCAAUUAUAUAUAUAUAUAUAUAUAUAUAUUAUAUAUCACCCUUAAAGUAAUGGAUUGCAAAUUGAGUACAGUCGAAACUCGUUGGCUCGAUAUCUCAUGGCUUGAUAUUCUCGUUGGCUUGAACCAAGUUAAAAGGACCAAUUUUUAUUUACUCUUUGUUCAUAUAAAUUUCGAUCGGAUGGUUCGAUAUCUUGAGGGUCGAUAUUUCUCCACGCUCGAAGUGGUUUUCGCGGUCCCAAACAAGAAUUUCACACUUUGAUUUGGUUGCUUGGGUCGAUGUCAUUUUCGCGGGUUCAGUUGAGAAUCUCACGCCUUGAUUUGUUUGAUUGGCUUCAUUUAGCACAAGGCGCUAAUCGAUUAAAAUUGCUUGACUGAUAUUAUAAUUAGUGUUGAAUUUAAAUGGUUUAACAGUUUGAAUAAACAUGCCAUCACUUUAAGUUAUGUCUCUAAUUGUUAUCCAUCCCUAAAUUACUAUGCAUUUUGAUAUAACUUUUAAGCUAUGUUUAUGUUACCCACUGUUUACAAUUGCUUGUUUUCGCAUAAAAGUAUUUUUAUUAUAAAUAAAAUGAUAUUUUCUAAUAAUCGAAUAAGUCAUAUAACGAAAUUUAGGGUGCGUAACUAUGCCCAAUAAAUACUCUUCCUUCUCUUGCUGAGAUAGCGUAGCCAAUAACAAACGAGGUAAAUAAGACUUUAUGUAACAAAUGAAAAAAUAACAUUCUGUAAGCAAUCCCGCUUGGCUCGAUAUUCUCGAGGCUCGAAGUACUUUGGCCGGUCCCUAGAAUAUCGAACCAUCGAGUUUCGACUGUACUUGAAAAAAUGUAAGUUUGUCAUGUUAGACACUUAGGGAUUACCUUGUCCAUUUGAACUUUUGAACGUUUUGAUGUAGAGUGUUCAAUAUGUGGUCGAGGUCAAAAGGUGAAUCAGGUCAAAAUAGUUCAAAGGUCAAGGCCAUAGAGACUUUAAAUAAAACAAAUGCUGUGGCUUUUAUUUCCCCUUAAUAAUGUUUGAACGACUUGUUUUGGGGUCAAUAAGUCCAAGGUCAAGUGGUGACCUUCACUCGAAAAGGUAUGGGUGUUGAUUUGGAGUUGUUGGCUGUUGAAAGUGGAAAAAAAAAACCAUCACAGCAUUGAUGCUUAAACAUAAAACUGAUGACAUUAAUGAUUCAUUGCAGAAAUAUUAACUAUGAAAGUAAUUUCUAUGUCACAUCUUGACAUUUAAAUGUGGUAAACAUACUAUACCAGUAAACAUGCAAAUUCAGGGAUGGGUGGGGUGCAUGUGUCCUUACUUCUUUCCAAUUACUAUACAGUAAAUAGUUAAUACUUCAGAGUGGUUGUGAACGAUCUUUCAUGGCAUUACGGCAGAGUAUAACUCGAGGUGCAAUAGCCCAUUUAAACAUGUGUGUUCAUGCGAUUGAAACGUUAUGGUAGAUUUAAAGUAAUGCUUGUGUUCGGGUAUUCUUCAUUUCAUCAGUUGUUGUAUGUGAUGCCAUUGGUUGUAGUUGUAGUUCAAUUGGUAAACAUUGUCUUGAUUGUAACAAAGGUCAAGGGUGGUAUUCAAUUUUGGUCUUCAUUUGGUCUAAGAGUAAGGAAGCGAAUUAGAUUUGUAGAAUAAAUAUCAGAUUGAUGGCAUAAAUUAUGGAUUGGUUGGUAUAAAUAAAAUAUUGGUGGAUUUAACUAUAACUUGGUUGUAAAAUAAUAGUUUUACACCAUGAUGGGUUGUAUGUUUAAUAUUUGAGUGUGAAGCAUUUGAUUUGGUUGUGAUGUAUUAUGUAAGGUUGUAUAAGUUUUCAUAUAGCUUUAAUUCCAUUUACGAUAUACUGUAUUUCUAACAAUCCAUGAUGAUGUCUUAUUCAUAUUUUGUAGAACUUAGACUUGAUUAAUGUGUUUUUAUCAUUUUAUCAGUAUUUUAUUAAGAUAGGUGUUUACAACUAAGACUAUGCAUUGCACAUUUCGAAUAUGGUACUUAAUUUGACGUCACGUGUGUGACGUCUUUACGAAAGUAAAUUUACUAUUGAAACAACUCACAUAAUUGAUGUAUCAAUACUUCAACUACCUGAUAUUUUUAGUUGUAAUCUUAAAACUGUAUAUUUCUAGAACAUGGAAUACGUUGUAUUUUAAACAAUUCAAGCUUUGGUCAACAGAUAUAAUGUAUGCAAUCAAAACAAAUUGGAACAAAAGCUGUUGUUGCCAUUGAAACACAAAUCUAUUGAACUUACUGAAUUUUUUUUUUCAGAAUUCAUUGAUAAUGAUAUGUAGAUACACAUACCAAGAAGCUGGUUUCAAUACAAAAGUACCCACCAUUUCUUGGUUCUACAAGAUAUGAUAACACAUAGUGUUUUUACUAUUAUUAUAGUAUUUUAACAUGAUAUAAACGUAUGCACACUUAUUUCUAUACAUUUUCUGUAUUUCAUAUUGAAUACAAAUUGUUUGAGUAUGUACCCCAAUAUUUUAUAAUAAAAAUUGUAAACACUA